AUGGACUAUUCUUCGUCAACCCCUCAGAGACGAACAUGGAAUUCACCUCAGCGAAAAGAACAGCAACAACAACAACGACAACAAACUGGAGUGGCACAUGAACAGGCCCAGCCCUGGACAGCGACGAGAUGCAACCGGCUCCUUCGCCCUCUGCUCGCUCACAUCGGCGCAUUGAAGAAGGAAAAAGAGCGAAAGCUGGGCGUUUCUGAGAGCGUAGGCCAAGGAAAGAGCACCUCGAGCGCGACUUUUGGUAAACGACAGGGCCGAGGUGGUUCAAAACCUGCAACAUAUUCCAGCAAAACCUCAUCACGGGCGCAUUUGACGACGCCUGAAAAACCGCGACGACAGCGGGUAGGCAGAAGGCCUGUUCAAGAAACCGCAGUGCCUACUCCCUACCUUAGGCAUACUACGGACAACUACUUGGCAUCUUCUCCAGCUCAGCCCAUUCUCUUUGCUCCGACCAAAAGCUCCUCAACCAGCGACCAUGGCAGAGGCGCAAGGUGUAGCCAUAGAAGCUGCCAGGGAGUUCAGUGCAGAUUGGAGGCGUGUCUAGCACAACUUCGGCUAAGCACGGAUCAAGAGACCUAUUCGAUAUACGAGUCCGUUUUCCGCACGCUGGAUGCCCUGCUCAGAGCUACCUCUCCUCCAAAGUCUCCAGCCAGCGCUUCGCCCAAAUCGUUCCUUGCCAUGUGCUUGCGGAGAAUUCCAGAUUACAUCAAUGAGCUUGAAUACUGGGAGAAAAAGGACGCCGAAGCAAACAAGACCAAGUCCGUUAUGCAAGAGUCGCGAGCGUCCUUCGAUAUUUACUCGGAGCUUGAGUCGCUAGGUGCGUUGGGGGGCUGGAAACAUCUUCGCAUAGUCGUCCGAGCCCAUGGCGUCAAGAUCAUCCAGGGCGCCAUCAGGGACGGUUUGCUCGAUGAUCGCAUAGCCAUUCUUCUUAUCAGUCUUUGCUACCAAUACUUGCCUUUGGUCGAAUGUCUGGAUCUUACCAAUGCCUUUGUUUCGCGUCAAUACCCAUCUCCAGAUCGCUACGUACGUAACGGGCUCACGAUAGAAGCGCCUGCGCUACUACCGCUCGCGGCGAUUGGUUACGGCCAUGCGAGGACUAAGCGCUUCAUGCUUGGAAAACUGGCCGACCUUUUUGCUAAUGGCUCUUUGCCGGCGGAGUGGUUGCUUGUCAGUGCUUUCAAGACUGCACGCCUUGAUGCCAUGGCGAAAUUGUUCUAUGGGACUGGCCAAGACUGCGUUGAUUUUCUCAUUACCAUGAUCGACGUUCUUUCUCCUCUGAUGUCUGAACGAAGACAAACUUGUUCUUGUUCUGAUCUCGCGCCGCACAAAUUGGCCACCGGAAACCUGACUGGAGACAUGGCAACGCUAGUAUCUCAAGUGCUCCGUCACUUCGACGAUCCUAAAAAGGGAGAGCGCGCGGUUACACCGUCACAGCUUGCGGUAUUCGCCCACCGUGUGCGGUACAUCUUUCGUACAUACUUACUUCAUGCUCGAAAGACGAGCCUCCCAUCCCCCGCCGUAUAUCUUAUCAGCCUCUGCGAUUUCCUUGCAUUCGGAACCGAGUCCUCGGCCUCCACCAUUGCUUCAGCAGCAUGGAAAGGCGCAAAAAGUGGCCAACGCAUUGAUCGUCUGGACCAGCAGUACUCGAUGACAUUGGGUGUUUUGGGCACGAUAGUGAUCAACUACAGUCGAAGCAAUGGAUCGACCAGUGCUCAUACCUACAUUCCCCAGAUUUGUGACAAAAUGAGAGCGUUGCAGAUUCCCGACAACCUCCCCUACCACCCCUUUGAGAACAUCGAACUGGAUGUCGCCUUCUUCGUGGCGUUCGAGACCAACGACCUCCAAGACCUCGCAUAUGCCGAAAAGCUAUGGGCUAAGAAGAAGUCAACAACCUGCCCACACGCCAUGAUGAAGGCGAAACCUUACUAUGAAGAGCGCAUCCGUACCAGGGAGGAGUCAGAGGGCAAGUCCUUUACCGGGUUCAAGUGGGACGAUGCUCUGAGCGAGUGGGUCACGGUAGAUCUUCCUCAGCCGGCCGUGGGAGGAGGCGGAGGUAGAACGACGAGAAGGUCGACAAGGUGUCCGUCUCUGAUGGAGGCAAUUCAACGGUAUACUCCUACUGCUACGUCCUCAUCUACAUCUACAUUGGCGCCCAACCAGAAACAGACACGUGGUAGCACGCGCCUGGUACAAUCUCGCACAGCUUCACUUGCAACAUCUACCACAGUCGAUACCACCAACGAUGACACCGACGCGGACAAUGACGACGACCUCCAAGACGACGACGCCAGCUCUGAAACAACUACCACCACACCUCAAACCGCCACCGUCGACUCGUCCUCGGACUGGAGUUCCGAUUUUGAAACAUCAAACGUCGUAGGCCCAAACGAAACUUACCAGCAGAUACCACCACCACCACCUCCUCCUCCUCGAAGAAGGCGACUUCAACUGCAACCGCAACCGCAACAGCGACGGCUAAGCGGCAACAAGCGAAAAUCCAGUCAUCUCGACACCGACAAUGAGGUCGAUCAAGAAAAUGACUCCGAUGAGGAUGAUGAUGAUGACGACGACGAUGACUUCUCCGCUCCUGAGCCGCCAUCUAGUGGUACAGAACAUCGUCGUCCCUUGGCUAAACAGCCUCGGACGAGGGCUUCAUUGGUUGCAUUGGCUAUUGCUACUACCAAUACCGGUGCUGGUGCUGGUGCUACUGCUAAACUUAGUAAUGGUGCCGGCGGUAGUGCUAGUGCCAACGCCAGUGCCAGCCGUAGCGGUAAUGGUACCUCUAGCAAUGGUGGGAAUACUGCUCGGCGGCGAUCACUUAGGAGAUCUGCCGGUAGCAGCGGCAGCGGCAGGGCGAUUUACGGGGGAGAAACCGAAGAGACGAGUGAAGAUGAACUUGGUUAGGUCUAGGAAAGGGGAAAUAGGUGAAAAAUGGCGGGAUAAGAGUGGACUAUUUUUUGAAUUCUUGCUUUACAGUCAGGUUGCUUUGCACAUGAGAGGUAUUUAGGCAUGGUAACGGAUCGUCAAGGAUGUUGGAAGUUGGAUUGCGAUUUCCCCAGCGGAUGAAAUAGGGGAGAGGAAGGAAAGAAUACCCGAUUGCGUUGCUUAACAUUAACACUGAUUUCUUGCU